AUGGAAUUCAUCCUCUUUGGAAUUGGGAAACAUCCUGCACUAGACAUUCCUCUCUUCUUGCUCUUUCUAGUGAUCUACAUCGUGACUAUGGCUGGGAACAUCCUCGUUGUUGUGCUGGUCCUAGUGGAUCAGCACCUGCACACCCCUAUGUACUUCUUCCUGGAAAACCUGUCCAGCUUGGAGACCUGUUACACCUCCACCAUCUUCCCCAGGAUGCUGGGCAGUCUUCUGACUGGGAAUAGGAGCAUUUCCAUUAGGGCUUGCAUGGUACAAAAUUUCAUUUAUGGUUUCCUGGUGUGUGCUGAAUGCUGCCUUCUUUCUGUGAUGUCUUAUGAUCGAUACUUAGCAAUUUGUAAGCCACUUCAUUAUGCAGCUCAAAUGAAUGACAGGUUCUGCCUUUUCUUGGCAGCAGUGUCAUGGAUAAGUGGACUUUUAGGAAGUACUGUUAUGGCAGUUUUAAUUUCACAAUUAUCUUUUUGUGGUUCCAAUGAGAUUGAUCAUUUUAUAUGUGACACUUGCCCAAUUGUAAAACUCUCCUGCAGUGAGGCACACCAAGUGGAACUUACAACUUUCACCUUAGCCUUCACUUUCACAAUUUUCCCAUUUCUUUUGACUUUAAUGUCCUACAUUUUCAUUAUCUCCACCAUCCUGAGAAUCCCUUUCACCACUGGGAAGCAGAAGGCAUUUUCCACCUGCUCUUCUCACCUCAUCGUGGUGACCCUCUUCUAUGGGACUUUGAUUUUUGUCUAUAUGUUACCAAAAUCCCAAGCACUGGGUGAUCUCCAUAAAGUGUUCUCUCUCUCCGACACAGUUGUGACUCCGUUGGUCAACCCCUUGGUGUAUAGCCUGAGAAACAAAAUGGUAAAGAAGGCCCUAAGAAAUGUGGUGGGUAAAUUGUUCUUGUACAUAGAAAUCCAGAGAAAGUAA